AUGCAGAACAAGCUUGUAUUGGGAGCCUUGACGGCUCUCAAUCUGCUCACUCCCUCAGUCCGCGCUGCCGACGAGCCAUGUCUGGCCGUCGCCAAGCUGCAGGAGAAGGCUGCCAAGGGUGUUGAGGUUCCCCGACCUUAUGAUGCUGCUUAUCUAGUUCAGUUCGACGCCGAGACCGCCUACAAGUGCAUCACUUCUGUUCCAUUCAACAAGGACGCCGCUGUCAAGGUCCUCGAGAUCUCCAAGUCCUACUUCCAGUUCCACUCUACCCUGGCCUACCUCAAGGACCCACCUGCAUCCUACCAGCAGGAGUCUGUUGAUGUGAUGUCGAAGUUGGACGAGUUCACCACCAAGGCAAAGAACGGCGAAUACAAGAACCUUUACGAGUUUGACGUCGACUUCUACCGCCUCGCCCAGGCCACCCACGAAAGUCACUUUUCCAAGGACAGCCAUCUCAUCGGUCUCUUCCGAUGGACUCUAGAUGAUACCAUCGUGUCGGUCUCCACCGAUGGAAAGGCUCUUCCCCAGGUUUACGCAGCCAGCGAUAUCAGCAACAAUGUCAAUUCGCCCUCCGCCAUCGUAGAGCUUGCAGGCCAGCCUGUAUAUAGCUACCUUCAGGGCUACCUCAAAAACUUUACAGCGAACGGACUCAUCGAACCACAUGCCGAUUUCAAUGCCUUGAUGUACAAUACUGGCCUUGAGUUCGCCAGCUGGGCUCAGUCGAGCGAUGCCUCCAUGGCUCCGACCGCCUUCAAGACCACCCCUAUUUACAAUGGCAAGUCUCUCAAGGGCAAGUUCGCCAAUGGCUCCGACUUUGAGUGGGCCUACAAGGCCGGCUCCAACGCCAACUUGACUCUCAACCAGUACUUCAGCGGUCAGGACAUCUACGACUUGAAGGUUGUCAAGGCCAAUAGCACUCAGUCCGACGACUCGACAGUUGAGACUAAGAGGAGGAAGAAGCGCAGCUACAACCCUGAUGUUAAGCUCGUUAAGCGCGCCGACUCAUCGGACGACGAAGUUGCUGUUCCGUACGCCGCCUGGCCCACGAACCCCAUCGUUGUCCAAGAUAACUUCACGUUUGGUGGCACGGUGUCUGGAUAUUACUUCGAUGAGAACCAACUCGGUGUUCUGAGCAUCCCCAGCUUCGACACUGAUGAGAACAGCAGUGAAACUUUCGAUCUUGCCGUCGCCUCAUUCAUCAACCAAACACGCUCGCGCGGCGCCAAGAGGAUCGUCAUUGACUUGACUGGCAACGGUGGUGGUACUCUGUGGAUGGGCUACGACACCUUCCGACACUUCUUCCCCAAGAAGGUGCCAAAUCUGUUGUGGCGUACACGUGCUCACAGUGCCCUCAAUGUCCUCGGCUCCGUCCUUGGUUGGAGUGGCGCACAGAACACAUCCUACGAGGAUGUGCCUGAUAUCAACUACCAGUACGGCUCCAAGCCCGAUCUGACCAAGUUCUCCUCGUGGAAGGAAUUCUACGGCCCCCGUGAGCUCAAGAACGACAAGUUCACUAGCACUGCCACCUAUGACUUCACCGAUAAGAAGCUUGCUGGCGAACUAGGUUUCUACCUCGCUGGUUAUGGUGAUAACAUCCCUGACUACGACGAGGCCUUCCCCGCCGAGAACAUUGUUCUUCUUGUCGAUGGCGGAUGCGGCAGCACCUGCUCUUCCUUCUCUACUCUCAUGAAGCACGUCGCCAACGUUCGCACCGUCGCCGUCGGCGGUAUCCCCGAGUACGGACCCAUGCAGGGCGUGGCAAGUACUCGAGGCAGCAUGAUGCGCGAGUGGAACUACUUUGGCGACGCCAUCACCUACAUCCGCAGCGUCCUGGAGGCAAUCGACGAGAGCGACAAGGAGGCCACCUACUCCAAGAUCGGCAUCAGCUCCAGCGACAUCGACAACCUCCCCAAGGCCCUUGCCGACUCCCCUUGGACCGUCGACGGCGCCAUCAACAUGUUCGACACCCUCCAGGCCGGCAACCAGGACACCCCCCGCCAGUUCCUCUACGAGGCAUCCGCGUGCCGCAUCUUCUACACCGGAGAGAUGAUCCGCGACGUCAGCAAGCUGUGGCAGGCUGCCGGUACCAUCGCCGGCGGCGACAACAGCACCUGCGUUUCCGGCUCCCAGAACGCCGUCGGUUCCAAGCCCCUUACAUUCAUCACCGACAGCCCGGGCUUCGGCUACAGCGAGCUGUGGUCGCGUGCCAACUCGACCGACGUGCCGAACGUGAAGACGGACGAGACCAGCUCCAACAGCACCGAGGACUCGGCCGCCUCUUCCUACAGAGUUGGCAUGCCCCUAGCUGUUGUGGCGAUCGCUGCGACUCUCUUGCUGUAA